AUGAGAGAUGCAUGUGGCAGUGUGAAAGACGGGUUGUUCAAGUGUGAGAGCAUUGAAACUCCUGACACGUCUCAGAGGCAUGGUCUGGGAAGUAGGAGAGAUGCGAGCAGUGGUGUGAGAGAUGGUCUGCACAGGGAAGAUCUUGACCUCUCCUUGUCACUGUUCCUGUCUCCUGCUCCUGCUGUUCCUGCUCAUCCUCCUCCUAACUCUGCUGCUGAUCCUGCUGCUACUGCUUCUUCUGUCUGUUCUGCUUCCCAUGGUGCUGUUUCUCCUGUUCCUCCACCUCCUCUUCCUCCUCCUGCAGCUGAUCUUGCUGCUACUGCUGCCUCUGAUGGGAAAGUGGAGGAGGAGGAGGAGGAGGAGGAGGAGGAGGAGGAGGAGGAGGAGGAGGAGGAGGAGGAGGAGGAGGAGGAGGAGGAGGAGGAGGAGGAGGAGAAAGAGAACUGGGAGGAAGACUAA